UAUGAGAUCAUGUGAGAGUCCACGCUGGGAGAAAGUAGGUUAGCAGGGUAGACUGAGAGGAAAGCAGGCGGAGAGUCGCGGCGCUAAAGGGGGGUCAGAACAUCGCUCCUUCAUCGUGGGACAAAUCUGUCAAAACAAAACAAAAACUUGACGCAAAUCUAUUUUAGCAGUGCGCGCAGACGGACUACGAUGCGAACCGAAGCGACUUCCCUCACUCUUUUAUUUGGCUUGGACUUUAUUGAGCGAUAAGGAGAAGAGUUUCGAAUAGUUUCUUCCUUUUUUUCUCUCUCUUUCUCUCCACUUGCCUGGCUUUGGAAAACUGACUGCAGCGAAGUGAAUAUUUGCAGAGCCAGUUUACUCUGGCUCCACCGCUUUAUUCAUCUGUCCCGUCAUCUACACCUAACCCAUGUAGUCGGAUCUCCGUCGUCUUGAAAGAAUAAAGAAAAACGCCAAAAUGAGAGCUCAGAUCGAGGUCAUCCCGUGUAAAAUCUGCGGGGAUAAGUCCUCAGGAAUUCACUAUGGAGUCAUCACCUGUGAAGGCUGCAAGGGUUUCUUCCGUCGUAGCCAGCAGAACAAUGCCAUGUACUCCUGUUCGCGUCAGAGGAACUGUUUGAUCGACCGAACUAACCGCAAUCGCUGCCAGCACUGUCGCUUGCAGAAGUGCCUGGCUCUGGGCAUGAGCCGAGAUGCUGUGAAAUUUGGUCGCAUGUCAAAGAAGCAGCGCGACAGCCUCUACGCUGAGGUCCAGAAGCAUCAGAAGUCCCAAGAGUGUGUGGUGUCCAGCGGCGGGGGCUCCACUGCUCUGUCUUUACCCAGGGAAGAUGGAUUGUGUGGUGGUGGCCCAGAGGACGGUGAGGAGGGUCUGAGCCGGUCCUACAGCAGCGGGGGCUCCACCUCCACCUUGAGCGAUCUGGAUGACAUUGCAGCACUGCCUGACUUGUUUGACCUGCCGCUGACUCCUGAGGAGGCCAGCGAGUACUGCAGCCUGGAGCUGCUCGGAGGUGGAGGAACCAGCACCGGGAACACCUCCAACUCCUCAUCUUCCUCUUCCUCUUCCUCAUCCUUGUCCAAUCAGAACUCCCCCCAGCAAACUAUGCUGGACACAAUGGACACCAGUGGUAUCCAAUUCCUGCAUAAUCAUCCGCUGCUGGCACGCAGUCAUUCACUGCUGGACCACCUUCCUGAUGACUGCUCAAUAACAGACCUGGAGCAUAUAACACAGAGCAUUGUUAAGUCUCACAUGGAGACAUGUCAGUACAGUGCUGAAGACAUGAAGAGAUUCACCUGGGUACAGUACACGCCGGAGGAGACACGGGCUUUUCAGAGCAAGUCAGCUGAGUGGAUGUGGCAGCAGUGUGCGCACCACAUCACCAACGCCAUCCAGUACGUGGUGGAGUUUGCUAAGCGUAUCGCUGGCUUCAUGGACCUGUGCCAGAAUGACCAGAUUAUACUGCUGAAAGCAGGCUGCCUGGAAGUCCUGCUCAUACGUAUGUGCCGCGCCUUCAACUGCAACAACAGCUCCAUUUUCUUCAACGGGAAGUUUGCUUCGGCUCAGUUCUUCAAAGCCCUUGGUUGUGACGACCUGGUCAGUGCAGUGUUUGAACUUGGGAAAGGGCUCUGCCGUCUGCAGCUGUCGGAUGAGGAGAUGGCUCUGUUCAGCGCCGCUGUCCUUCUGUCCCCUGAUCGACCCUGGCUGACUGAAGGCCAGAAGGUUCAGAAGCUCCAAGAGAAAGUCUACUUGGCUCUGCAACACAGCUUAGAGAAGAGUGGUGCCUCUGAAGAGAAACUGGACAAGAUGGUGUCCAAGCUGCCCGUGAUGAAGUCUAUCUGUAACCUCCACAUUGACAAACUGGAGUUUUUCCGUUUGGUCCACCCAGAGACCGCCUACAGUUUUCCACCGCUGUACCGGGAGGUGUUUGGCAGCGAGAUGUCUCUCCCAGACUCCACUGACAGCUAGAUGGGCAGAUAGACGAACAUUAAAGAGGGGAGAGGGUGUAUUAAGAGGUAGAGGAGCAAAAAGAGACAGAGAAGGAUAAAGAUGUUGAAGCUCAACAACCAGCAAUUAAGAGACAAUCCAGGACUUUAAAUACUCCGUCUCCCAAAGUAGUCCUUCACUAUCCCAGCAGGCGAAGCACCUUACACUACAGACCACACAUGCUCUUGGUCCUCUGCAUAUUGUAGCAUCGACAGCAAGCCUAUGGGCUUCAUAAAAACAUUACUGCAGCCCACAUAGCAUGUAACAGCUCUAAGCUCUAAAACAUGUUUGACGUGUGAUCCUUUUGUUGAUCAACCAACCAGAUAUGAAUGUACCUCAUUGAUUAGCACCGCUGCACAAGCAAGAACCCAAAAAUAGUGAAUGUACAAACCUCCCACUCUGAGAGUUUCACACUUGCUGUUAGUAUGAAGCUGAUCAACAGUUUAAAUACAGUUUUUUGUCAAUAUUUCUCUAUAUUCAAGCAUCUCAGUAUGCAAUCACAUUGAUACGAACAGCAACCUUCUAUUGACCCUUACUUCGGGACCAAGAUCGCAGGUCAGACUUUUCUCUGACGGUGAAAAAAAUAUACAUGGUGUAGCUGACGACCUAGAUCAAACUUAGUAACUAGUUCAAAAACAGUUUCACACACCUUUUACAGUGGACAGUGUUCGGUGCUGCCUUUCAUAGGCUUUUGUAAUGCAAUGAGAAACCUCAGUCCCACACACCCCUUUCCUUGUAAAUGCCACUUAGACGGGGCAAAACGAAACUAUCUUUAAUUUAUAUACACAUUUAUAAACAAAUAUUUUAAAUAAGAAUGUAAAUAGAUGACUAUAUAUAAGUAUAUGGAGAGAAUAAGUGUAUGUGAGGGUGAGAAAGGGGGAAAGCGAGGAGGAGGCACAAACAAUGUGAGGAAAGCUGAUAUUUGGACUCAUUUCCUUUUUUUCUGGAUGAUUUGUCCACUUGACAGUACUCUCAGGUUUCCAUGGCAACAAACCCUCUCUUGGCCUGAUGGCAAUGGCACAGCCAUCCCGCGAGCAAUGAGGUGGACACUUGUUGCAGAUGCAACACUGCAGGGGAGGCAGCACACUCAAAGGCAGAGGGGGGGGGGAGGAGAAAAAGGCUUGCUUUCAGUCUCCAGUGCUGUCCACUGCCCUCCCCGACUUAAAGAGACAGUUGGACAAACGGGACACUAAGGACAAGAGAGAGCGCAAGGCAAAAGAUGUCUUCAUGAACUGUUUAAUAUAACAGAACAUACUGGGUCUCUCCGUGUGUUUCUAACCAGCAGUCAGUAUCAUAGGAAUUCAGUAACAGAUCUGUGUUUCACUCAGUGUUUCAGUUGGCUCGAGGCUGAAAUUACAACAAUCAGCAUGUAUCAUAAACAUUCUCCUGGUUGGUGCAACUGUAUUAUUUUGUACAUUUUGGUGUUCAUCUCUCCUUUUAAUCCAAAACCCAACACUCAUCUGAAUACCAAGCACUUAUUCUUUCUUCUUUUUCUACUGACACUAGUCUAAGGCCAGACAGAGCUGCCAGCUGCCCCCCUGAGUUUGGCUUCAGUGCCAGUAAGACUUCUGUCAGUCUGGUUUAUUAUUUUUUAUUUUUCAUUCCGUGUGUGACACAGGGUCAUCCAUAGCUGUUUACAUUUUUCAUGUACAUAACACAUAUUCUGAUGUAAUGAGCAUUGACAUGACAAUAAUGUCUUACUUGGACGUGAUGUAAAGUUCUGAAGCAGAGUUUCAGGGUCUGCUGGCUGUUGCUCAGGGAGCUAGCUGUGAUCUCUUGUCCCUUUUUAUAACAAGUGUCAUCUUUUAGCCUCAUACAACUCACCUUUGCACCUAAGACUCAUAACCAUGAUCACUGUGGACGUAAGUUCUCUUGUUAACGUUACUCACAAAGUGUCAAAGUCCUUCCUGUUUUUCCUAAUAUUGUAACAUUGAAUUUAAGAUUCAAAAAUACAAAAAAAGAAUCAUUUAGAGUAAAGGAUUAAUUUCAUUAUUGGGGUUUAAUGUUUCUUUUGCUGUGAUUUCCAUUUAUCUGUCAGUCUUUUAUCCACAGUUUGCUUCACGUCUCCACUCAUUGUCCUGUAAAGUCAGUGAUUUAUUUUUUUAAUUGAAGAAAGACUAGGUUAAGUGAAAAAAACCAACAGUUUGAUUCCUUUCUAUUUCCCUGUAUGACAAAAUGUACAAGAUGUAUAUGACUAGUCCAAGAGUGAGUCACACAGCUCAAUAUAUAUUGUUGUCCAAUGGGAUACAUUAUAUGUGAUUUUAAGAAUGUAAUAAAUGGUUUCUCUUUCUUUUCAAA